AUGGCAAAAUGCUUGGUCAAGAUCAGGACUCAACGAAGCCUCCAUUUGCACAUGAUGAACCACUGCAGCAGUAAUGUGUUUGUCCGUCUGGUGAAACAUGGCUCCAAGGUCAUACCUCGAAAUGCUGGUGUGCCAUUGUCUAAAGUGGAGGCUUCUGAGCGCAGAGUUGCCAGCUCACCAGUGAAGGGAACUCAGAGUGCAGAUUCUCGUAGUAAAGAGGAAGACAGAGUGAAAGAAGACCCCUUGAACCUCUCUGAACUAGCAUACAAUCCCAGCACCAGCCUGGUCCCUACCGGAGAGGAUGAUGAUGAAGUCGACAUGCUAUUUGACUGUCCAUCUAGGUUUGAGUUAGAAAGAGAAGACACAGAUUCAUUUGAGGAACUAGAAGCAGAUGAAAAUGUCUUUUUGAUGGCUGAAGAGAAGGUGAAGGAAGGUCACCAGGUUUUGUCAUGGAGCUAUUCCAUCCUGACUGGCCGUGUCUGGGUCAGCCCCCUGGUCAAGCGGUGCUCCAGGCUCCUUGUGGUGGGCCUGGGACUGCUGCUGUUUGUAUUCCCCCUACUCCUUCUCCUUUUGGAGUCAGGUAUUGAUCUCUCCUUCUUAUUCAACAAAACAAAUUUGAGCAGUUUUACUCUGAAUACUACUGUCCCCUAA